AGAUUCCAGAAAAAGAGAAGAGCGAAUCAAUUUGGAAGGAGUGAGUAUAAAGAUAAAAGUCGCCAUCAACUCACCACACUCCCCCCACUUCACCACCACCACCGCCAGCACCGCUCCCACUCCCACCCACAUCCACCAUUCUGAUUCCCUCCCAACCCCAUCCACCAUCCUUUCUUAUACCGGUAAGUUGACUCUAUUUUAGCCCUAUUACUAAGUCCACCAUCCUCUCUGCUCCGCCGCCAUGGCCGGCUUCCAGCUCCACCUUGGCGCCUUCCACUCCUCGCCGCCCUCGCAGCAGCACUCCUCCUCCUCCGAAGAAGAAGACGAGGAAGAAGAGGAUGAAGAAGAAGAAGAAGAAGAGGAGGAGGAGGAGGAGAUGGAGGAGGGGUGCCCGAUCUCUUCGCCGCUAAUCGUGCCCGGAUCGGAUGGGGAAGAGGGGGAGGGGAAGGAGAACCGUCAUCAGCAUCAUCCCUUCUCGAUAAUGGCGGUGCUGGUGGCGGCGCUGAGGAAGUCGCUGGUGAUGUGUAGCGUCGGAGCCGGGGAGGACGGGGCGUGCCGCCGCACAUCCCCCGCUUCCAUGGAGAUCGGGUGGCCCUCCGACGUGCGGCACGUCGCGCACGUCACCUUCGAUCGGUUCGACGGCUUUCUCGGGCUGCCCGUCGAGUUGGAGCCCGAGGUUCCCGGCGGGGUUCCCAGCGCCAGUGCAAGCGUGUUUGGAGUUUCUGCUGAAUCUAUGCAAUGCUCUUAUGAUAAAAGAGGGAACAGCGUGCCUAGUAUUCUGCUCUCUAUGCAACGGCACUUGUAUUUACAAGGAGGUCUACAGGUGGAAGGCAUAUUUAGAAUUAAUGCUGAAAAUAGCCAAGAAGUGUUUGUUAGAGACCAUCUGAACAGAGGAAUCGUACCACAUGGAAUUGAUUUGCAUUGUCUUGCGGGACUGAUAAAGGCAUGGUUUAGAGAACUACCCAGAGGAGUACUUGACUCACUGACACCCGAUCAGGUGAUGCACUGUAAUAGUGAAGAAGAGUGCUCUGAACUUGUGAGGAUGCUACCACCAACUGAAGCAGCAUUGCUUGACUGGGCUCUUAAUUUGAUGGCAGAUGUUGUGGAGCAUGAACAUUUGAAUAAGAUGAAUGCUCGAAAUAUCGCAAUGGUUUUUGCACCUAACAUGACUCAGAUGGCUGAUCCCUUAACUGCAUUGAUCCAUGCGGUCCAAGUAAUGAACUUCCUCAAGACACUGAUCAUAAAGACACUAAGAGAAAGAGAAGUGGCAGCUUUUGCUGCCAGGGGACUCCACUCCUGCUCUGAGUCUCCAAGUGACAAGGAUCAAGCGAAAUCGACUAAUCCUUCAGAAAGAUACACUCUGCACACGAGUGAGAAAACUCCAAACUUGUAUGCUCUUGAUAAAGUUGCUAUAGGCAAAUUCUUGUUCAGUUCUGAGCAAUCUCUGGGUAAAGAUAAAGAGAGCUUUAAUAGUGAGAAGAAAGGUGAAACUGACGAGGAGCGUGAGUUCAUUUCCAGCAAAAUUUCACCUCUUAGUUGUGAUUUGGAUGCUGUAGAAGACAAAGAAGUAGAAGGUGCAAUGGAUAGAUCAGGUUUUAGGAAGGGCAUGAGGAAGCUUUGCGGGCACCCCGUGUUUCAGUUAAGUAGCUUUACAAAGAAGACGGCAGAGCUUAACAUUGUAAACUCACGCGGAGAAGGCUUGGGCAUGAUGUGCAUUGCAUGUCAAAGAGAACAUGUACUAUCCCGACUGACUGACGUAGCAGAGUAAGGGCAGCGUAAUGUUGAUGUGGUAGCAAAUGUAUUGUAUCACCAUGGUUGGGUUGCGUAGGUAGGGUUUGCUAUUGGUUUAUACUGUUGUACUCUCGAAGAUGCAAUGAAAGUGGCCAAAUUGAUUGUUUGGAUUCCAAA